GCCUUCAGCACCUAAAGACUACAUUUCCCACAAUGCACUGCGCGUUCAACAUGGCGCCUCCCGCUGCUGUGUGACUCCUGUUAGCGGAACCGUAAACAGCUGAGGCCCAACAGAACCGGGUUUCGGGUCAAGAACUGUCCCGUCAGCUCCGCCGGGAUGAAGCUGCUCCUGACGGCCUACACUCGGACCCUCAGACCCGCCCUGAGGACCUCCACACACCGGAGGACCCGGACCGACCUCUUACCUGUCCGCGAUCAGGCUCUGAUCGUGGGGUCGAACCAGGACCUGGUGCAGAGACUGGGUUCUCAGGUGGAGGUUCGGACCGGCUUCAUCAGUGAGGAGGAGGAGGAGGUCUUUCUGCGGGAGCUGGAACCGGGUCUGAAGAAGAAGAGAUACGAGUUCGACCACUGGGACGACGUGAGUCCGAGUCCUCCAGAGUCCAGAACUGAGGACUUUGGUAGAAAUAAGGACCAGAGCCGGGUCCGAUCCUUCACUCUAAACCGAACCUUCAUCAUGUUUGGGAAAAAUAUGAAACUUUAACUUGUUUAAAAAGAGGCUAAAAUAAGAAUCUUAAGUUUAUCAAAGAGAAAUGGACUUUAUUUAUUUUCUCUCACCUGAUUGGACGAACUGAAGAGUCCAGGUGUGACUGAUCCUUUUCUGGUCCGAGUUUGAUCAGUCGGUCUUCCUGUCGGCGUGAAGAGCAGUAGCCUACAGUAUAUCUACAGUCUGUAGUAUUCUGUGGAUAUCUACAGUAUAUAUAUAUAUAUAUAUAUAUAUAUAUAUAUAUAUAUAUAUAUAUAUAUAUGUAUAUAUUAAAACUUCAUAAAAUUUUUUUUAAAUUGGCCGAUUAAUCGGUUAUCGGGUUUUCCCCCUCUUAUAAUCGGUAUCGGCAUCGACCCCAAAAAAUCCAAAUCAUAUAUUCUACAUGAUCAUAAAGCUUCAGUUUAAUUUCAGUCUCUGUCAGACACAUGAAAAAACCUUUUAUAUGAACUUUAGAGGACUUUUGAAAACUCUGUUACAGUUUUGUGAAACCUUUAUUCAGAGUGUGAAAAUGCACUAAAGAGCGAUUUGAUAUGACGGAGUAUAACGUGGUGCUGAUGUGACAAAAGAUGAAGUAUCUCCUUGUUUGAGAAAAUUAUAUUAAAGUCGAUUUUCAUGAAAUGCUCCAUUUUAACAACUGUCAUCUUAAACAUCCCGAAGUCUUCAUUUUUUUCUUAAUGUCGCCCUAAUACUCUGUCGUAGUUUGAAGAAAGUUCAUGCUAAAAAAAAACUAAAUAAGAAAAUACAUUUACUCACUCAUAAAUAAGAAAAUAAUUCACUCACUCGUACCCGACCAAGACAUAAAAACUCUAACUUACCUUCAUAUGAACAUCAAAAGUUCGUAUGAAGGUAAAUGUCGAAGCAGAAGUGCGUCGCUGUACUUCACGCUCACCUGCGGUUUCCUCUUCCUCACAUUAGGCCAUCCACGGGUACAGAGAGACGGAGAGAGUGAGUUGGGGGUCGGCGUGUGAGGAGGUCCUGAACCGUGUCCGCUCUGUGGCGUUUUCUGAAGGUAGUCAGCUCCUCGGGCCGGUCCACGUUCUGGACCUGGACAGGAGCGGUUACAUCAAGCCGCACAUCGACAGCGUGAAGGUAGGAUUGUUGUUUUCCUCGUAGAGCUUCAUCAUCAGGAGGUCGUCUCUCUGAGUGACCUUUGACCCGCCGUCACCUCGUCUGGCCUUCUCUUAUCUUCUAGUUUUGCGGCAGCACCAUCGCUGGACUGAGUCUGCUGUCUGACAGCAUCAUGCGUCUGGUGAAGGAGGACUCCAGCGGUGAAUGGUUGGACCUUCUGCUGCCCCGACGCUCCCUCUACAUCCUGAGGUAUGAACACAGACACCAGGUUUCUCCUCUGACAGACCUUCAGAGGUGUGUCGUCAUCCAUCAGCUGAUGAUCCUGAAGUCAGAGUUCUGUCCUGACGUCUUCAUUCUCCUCCUUCCACACAGGGACCAGGCCAGAUAUCACUUCACUCACGAGAUCCUGAAGGAUGAAGAGUCGGUGUUUAACGGACAGAAGGUCUCCAGGGGGCGCCGCAUCUCCGUCAUCUGCAGAAACCUCCCGGGUUAACUCCGACCCGGACUCAGACUCAGAACAAAAACUACGUUUGAGGGAUUCUGUCUGGACUAUAAUGUUGUUUGGUUAUAAACUGGAUUAAAUAAAAGUCUCUGACACUCAUUAUUGUAUCAGAGAUUAUAAUCUGGACUGUAUAAUCCCGUGGUUUGAUCACACCUGAAAUCUCCACUCUGGAUUAACUGCAGGUUUCUACACAUUUUAGUCUUCUAAUCUGCCUGACGUGGUUUAUUAUUAUCAUAUUUCUGUACAAUAAAGAAUAUUUAUGAAUAAUUUACAAAAUAAAAGCUUAUAUAUGUUUCAACACUUUCAGAAUAAAGUUCAUCUACAGUCCAGAAGAUCUCAUAGUCAGCUGCAAACAUGAUUUAACCUUCAAAAACUCCUAACAAAGGUUCCUCAGCUGUUUUUUAUAGUAUUAGACGUCCUUAAUGACAAACUCGGGGAGACACUCCAGGUAAAUUUUUAACUAACAGAUAUCACCAUGAAACUUCCCGAGUUUAUAACUUACAUUAAGACAAAUAUUUUUUAUAUUACAAGUUUAGUCAAAUGUUAUGUUUGAAUAUGUAAAUGAGGUCAUAUCUGUAGGAGUGGUGAUAAAAGCAUGAAUUAGCGUCUCUGUGUUGACCCGAGUAAAUGAUCAUUACUCCUUUGUAUUCAUUCUAAACCAGGAAUACUGACGCCUGAUACAUGUUUUGACCAUGUAAUAUUCUAAUUAGCAUAUUUGUAUGAUAGAUAAGUGACUACAAGUACAACUAGUGCCUAACGGACAGUGGCACAUAGAGAUAUUUGAAUUUUUAGGGGUGGUGAGAGUAUUUUCUCAUAUACAGAUUGAUAAAUAGAGAUAUCCAAAGUCCCCUCCUCCCCCCUUCUGACUCUAGUAUGUCAACAAAAUAAAACAAGAAUUUUAAAGGGUCUUUA